AUGAAACACCCGAACGACGCCACCCGGUUUCCCCCGUCCACUUCCGCCUCACUCCUCACGUCGACGAUCGAUACUGACCGUUCUCCUGAACCCCCAGUACCACCCCCCUCCAUCGCCUCAGCAUCCGCUGCGGCGGCUGCUCCUGUACCCCCCAUCACUGACACACCAAGAAACAUCAACCUCACUACCUUCAACACCAGCGAUGUGGUGUCAGUCUCUACCCGUCCUCAUUACGACCACACUUCCACCGCACACAUCGGUCUGGUGGAAUGGUAG